ACUUCCAGACAAGACAACUUUUUAAAAAUUUCUGACACUUGGAAUCCCAAUUCUGUGGGUGGUGCUCUUCGUUUCAAUUCGACUAUUCAACCCAACAUAAACACUCCACAUUUCCACAUUCUACAUUUACGUCUUCAAUAUUCCCCAUAAUUUUCUCUUCUUCAUCUUCAACAAUUAUCAACACUAAUCAAAAUUAAAAUCACCCACAUUGCUCAAAUUUCUUUGAAUUCUGGGUGCAAUUUGAUUUGAUCAUGGAAAUUCGAAAAUUCCCAUUAAUUUUUCUAUCUUUUCUCGUGAUUUUCCCUCAGCUUUCUCUUGCCGGAUGGUUCAGCAACAACAAGCGUCAAGAAUCUGUGCUUAAAUUGAAGAGUGCGACUGUUUAUAAUACUUUAUAUGGGUUUGAUCCUACUCGCGUCACUCAGCUAUCAUGGCAUCCCAGGGCAUUUCUGUACAAGGGUUUUUUAACCCAUGAAGAAUGUGAUCAUCUUAUCCAAUUGGCAAAGGAUAAAUUGGAGAAAUCAAUGGUGGCUGAUAACGAGUCUGGAAAGAGUAUACCAAGUGAAGUGAGGACUAGUUCUGGCAUGUUUCUUCAAAAGGGUCAGGAUGAUGUAGUCACUAGAAUCGAGGCAAGAAUUGCUGCCUGGACUUUCCUUCCUCCAGAAAAUGGGGAGGCCAUGCAAGUCCUUCGCUAUGAGCUUGGUCAAAAGUAUGAGCCCCAUUUUGAUUACUUUCAUGAUAAGGUCAAUCAGCAGCUAGGUGGCCACCGGAUUGCUACUGUGCUGAUGUACUUGUCUUAUGUUGAAAAGGGUGGAGAAACUGUCUUUCCCAACGCAGAGGGAAAACUGAACCAACCGAAAAAUGAAAGCUGGUCUGAUUGUGCUAAAGGUGGCUAUGCAGUGAAACCCAGUAAGGGUGAUGCAUUGAUGUUUUUCAGUCUUCAUCCCGAUGCAACUACUGAUCCAAUGAGCUUGCAUGGUAGCUGCCCUGUCAUUGAGGGUGAGAAGUGGUCUGCAACUAAGUGGAUUCACGUUCGGUCUUUUGACAGAUCUUUAGAAGAUAAGUCUUCUGGAGAAUGUACAGAUAAAAAUGUGCACUGUACUCAGUGGGCACAAGCAGGGGAGUGUGAAAAGAACCCUGUGUACAUGGUAGGCAGCGAAAAAUCAAAGGGACAUUGCAGAAAGAGCUGCAAUGUUUGCUGAGCAUAUACAUCAGUCAUUCCAUUUGUGGAUGAGUUAUCUUCUUUUCUUUUUUUAGGGAUGAGUUUUGUUUAACUAUGGAUCACCAGUCACAUCUGAUGCUGAGAUAGUUGUAGAUAAAUGUUGCUUCUAUUAGAAACAGAGAGCCACAACCUUGGAUUGAAUUUCGUCUCCCCUUUUUGUAUUAAACUUUCUGUACUGUAAGCUUGUAGUUAUUCAGCAUGAAAUUGAUGGAGAUAGAGUAUUCUAUAUUUUUAUCUGUAUUAUUCCAUAGCAGCCGCUGGCCGCCGCGAAUGCAGGUUUUCUUCCUUCAUUAAGCACUGUUCCUUCCAAAA